AUGCACUGCCGGCACAUUCUCUGCGCUGUUUUCCUCCUCGCGAUCUUUGACCGCUGCCCCGAGAUCUGCAAUCAUACCUGCUUUUCGUCGGAGCCAGGAAUCGGCAGCUCACAGACGAGCACGCAGACAGAGAACAGCAGCCAGGACUCUGUUGCGCACUUUUCUCACAAGACCGGACUCCGUCGAGACGGCCCUUGUCUUGAGAGCUAUAAGAAGACUGGAAUCACAUCAUUCCAAGAGUACACUGCCAAGCAAAGCCAAGCGACUGCUGGGCAGGCAUCAACACGGAGAAGCAAUGGCAUCGUGGUGGUGCGAAAGCUGCCGAAAGUACUGCAAAGCUUCGGCACAGUUCUGCUCAUCCUGUGGAACCAGGUGGGACCAGACCAGCGCUUCGACAUACACCACCAAGCAUCCGGAGGCACCCUGGAACAACAGCCGACGUGGACCGCAAUCGCCAAGACGCAGGCAGUCUCCCAGACCAAGACGGUGGCGACGGACCGAAUGGCGUCGUUGCCACCUCCACCGCAGCCACCCACACUGACUACGCCGCCACCGAGCACUACCACGGAGCUGGCGUCUGGAAGUACAGUGCCUCCCCCCUUCACAGAUCUAAUGUCUAUGCUGAUGAAGACGAGGGACGACCUGCCACCAGAUGUGCAGGCAGCGCUGGAUGCACACGCGGACUUCCAGCACAAGACCUCGGCGAAGAACCUGCACAAGGUUGUGGCACAGCAGGCCGCAGCCAAACGCGGGCUUGCCGAUGUUCGCCGCAGCAGGACGGCCUUUAUGUCAGAGUGGAUCCAAUACCUGGGGGCUCUCGCAGACCUCCUACAGAGCCAGGUCAACGAAAAGAACAAGACACUGGCAGAACUCAAGGAAACCGAGGACAAAUGGACCACGCAGCUCUCGACAGCCACCAAAUCUCUGGCGAUGGCUUCCAAGACAGACGGAACAGUCAUCGAGGUGGACGACGAGGCGAUGGAAGCGGAAGUCGCCGAGGUAGCAGAGGACGAGGCCAAACAGAAGGAGGCCGCGGCCCGCACGGAGGCUCAGGAGGCACGGUUAGCCGAACAGCUACAUCAUGCCAAAAGGGCCGCACAGGAGGAGCUGGACACCAUCCAAGAUCGGGAACGCACUCCACGCCGAUUGCGAACGGAGGAGCCGGCAGCAGGCCCAUCAUUGAGCCGGACGGGACAUGAUGGGCAGGAAGCCCCGAGGACCAAUGUGGUACACAGCAUCCUUGGUGAGGCAGAUUUUGUCAGCCGUUUCAUGGGGCCUGUUUUGGGCAUCUGUUUGGCUGCAGAGAUCAGAUGUGAUGACAUCCCGUAUCUGUCGCGAAACCCUUUUGCGAUGUGCGACCCACGACUCGUACAACAUCAGGGCAUCGAGGACAGGACCAUGGGGAUUGCAGAAGAGUUGGAUGGUUGGCUGCCAGCUUCAGCAGUUGUGACGAACGACCACCAAUGCCAGGACGACUCUCUUUGGACCAAUGCACCAUGGGAGGACGGCCCAUUUUCCAUUGUACAGCUUUUUCGGAGGGCAACAUGUGAUCUGGCCAAGCUGCAUAGAGCCUUUUUGCAUGCCAUUAGCACGCAUGCCAUUCACCAGCACGCCCCGCCGAGACAUGAGACUCAUGGUGACUCCCUGGUAGGGAUUCCAUGCAGUUUGCAGGAUUGCGAUGCAGGCAUGCACAGGACGCCUCCCCCCUUGCCACACACACAGCCCGUGGCACCUAUCAGUCAACCCGAUGAAGAUGGCACCACAGUUCAGGCGCCGGGCACUUUCCCAGACUGGCUUCCAGCCAGCUCCGCACCCUCCAGGCAGGAGAUCGCUCAGGCGCAUGACGGAUGCCCGACGGUUGCCAUAUCUCUGCCUGUGCCGUCAAGUGACGUUGAGGCCUACAUUAAAGGGCUCGGCGAGCAGAACGAAUAUGCCUUUUUUGACACCGUUGAUCACUAUAGGAGACGUCAGUUGCUCGAGGGUUGGGGUAUUAGGGAGAUUCUCGCAGAUGCCAUUGGACACUCCACUGCACAGCCCAUUACGGCAGCUUCUAUACUCCAACCUGCACUGCCUGACCUCCCACCAAUCCAGAUCGUUCUGGAUUCUGCCAACCUGCCUCCGCAGUGGAAGACGGUGCCCAUUGACCUGAGAAGGACAGGGUUCCGCAUUUGCACCAUUGGAGUACCUCAGGACUCAUCGGCCUUUGAGAUCGCUUUCAGGGCUUCACAAAAGUGCAGAACGCCGCCGAGGCUUUCCAAUUACGUUGCUAGAUCAUACUGGGAGUUCGCACCACCUGGCACAGUGGUUUUCGAUCCCUUUCAGCCGGAGGUGUUACGGAGAGGCCCAGUGAUCCUUUGCUCGCCUAGACCAGGGUCCCCGUCGCAGUCAGAAGCGACGCCUAGCUCCGGCAGCUCCACCACAGCUGCGUCAGAGACCUCUUCCACCUCUGACCAGCAUUUCGCGGAGACGAGCGUGCAUCUCCCGACGCAUGACGAAGAUUUCACUGUUGCUUUCCAUGCGGUCGGACACCGGCCAUGGACACACUCCUUCUCACGGCUUGCUACGCCAGAGCAGCUGGCACGAGCGGCAGCUCUGCACAUGCAGUCAAUCACUGGUGAGCCUGGCUGGAGGACGCAAUUCUUAUGGAGACAGCCCAUUGUCAGAGACAUAGACUUGCGUUGCUUGCUCACGCCAAUGCAAGGUCCGGCGGCCACGGGUGGGAUUUUCCUUGCUGAUUUUAGAAGGAUCUUUGGCCCGCAACUGCGCAAUCUAGCUGCAUUGCCUGUCACUCCUAACACCCCCCAUACCGCCGACAACAUGUGCACUGCUGCCUCCAGAUUGCUGCAGGAGUGGGCAAUUCACCAACCCGACUUUGACUUCGUUGUCACCACGGCAAGAAGAGGAGCCCUUCUCGUGCCUGCUUGUGAGGAGCUAUGUGCAGUCACAGAAACUGUGAGUGUGGUGCAACAAUUGCCAGGUCUUAGGCAGCACAUGCUCUCUCACAGCCCACUUGCAAGAGCACCAAGAGGCUCUGUCACAAGGGACACCGAGAACCUCGACACCACCAGCACCACCAGCUCCACGACGACCAUCGCACAGGAAGAGAUGCCCCAUCAUGUGCUCCCGUUGCCACCGCGCAACCCUCUUCUAGUCAGAUUAGGCAUCGCGGGUUUCGGGGUCUUCACUGUCGAGUUUCAGGGGUAUCCUUCUGCUGUUGACAUACUCGCCCGAACAUGGGCAGCCGCCCUACAGGAAGGCCCAUUGCCGACUGGCCUUCACAUCCGGCUUGCGCCAUGUCAACCACAGCCAUGGGUCUCGCACAGGGAGCUGCUAAUCUUUGCGCACGCUCCGGCACAUCAGAGCAGCCAUGUUUUCAUCUGGCUUGACAUGCGUCCUGGCGGAUUGCUCUCCUUCCGACGGGUUCCCCAAGAAGCCACCCCACAAGACAUCAUUGCGGACAUCCCAGGCUGCCGCUGUUUGUUCCGUAACGGUGCCAGAUGGACAGGAGACUCACCCCUCCGAGAUGGGGACCACAUCGCCAGUUCUCCCGUCCCGCAAGCCCCUGACGCCAGGUCGAGUGACUUCUUUGUACAGCGCAUUGCAGGUUUAGGAGCCUUCCUGUUGCCUUUGGAAGUCCCGGAGACGCUUUGUUUUGAGUCCACACGCAGCUUCGAACUUGACCAGGACAUUGCACGUCAUGAGUGGCAGACCGCCAUUUCACUUCGCGCGCGCGCGCACUUGGAUUCAGCACAGAGAGUAAUUCGGGGCACUUCAUCAUAA